AAGACACCCACCAAAAUAAUAAGAAAACCCCAAAAAUGAGAAAAACCAAACUCAAAUCUUCUAACACACUGACCAGAAAUGACACCACCCUCUUCAUCAGAUCGCCGGAUUCUGUCGCUCUUCCCCUUCGUUCUUGCCUCCCUUCUCUUCAUUGGAACGUCUCGUCUGGCUAUAGAGAACUCUCGAGCAAUCAACGGCCGAAGACGGUCCUAUCCCACAUAUUCCAAGGGGAGAAUCACAAAUGCCAGAUCUUUAACUAAUUUUUCCAGAGAUGAACCUCUUUUCAACGGAUGCGAUGUUUUCGACGGGAGAUGGGUGUUGGAUGAUGUAUCGCGUCCUCUAUACAAAGAGGAGAGCUGUCCUUACUUGACUAAACAGGUGACUUGCCAGAGGAACGGAAGGCCUGAUUCUCUCUAUCAGAAGUGGAGGUGGGAGCCUUAUGCAUGCGAAUUGCCCAGGUUUGAUGCACUGACUCUUUUGGAGAUGUUGAGAGGAAAAAGAUUAAUGUUCGUAGGGGACUCGAUUCAGAGAACUCAAUGGGAAUCCAUGGUAUGUCUCCUUCAAUCCGUCAUCCCUGAUGGAAAGAAAUCCGUCCACAGAAAUCCCCCAAUGAAAAUCUUCAGAGCUGAGGAUUACGACGCCUCCAUCGAGUUCUACUGGGCUCCUUUUAUAGUACAGUCCAAUUCAGACAACACCAGGAAUCACACCGUCCAUAAAAGGCUCGUCAAGCUUGAUUCCAUAUCCAAACAUAGCGACCGUUGGAAAGGAGUCGAUGUGAUGGUGUUCGACAGCUAUGUAUGGUGGAUGUACAAGCCUAUCAUCAACGCAACAACUGGGCGUCUUCACAAUGUCCAAGAAUACAAUGUUACUACUGCUUACAGAUUAGCAUUGAAGACAUGGGCCAAUUGGUUAGAAUCCAAUAUCAAUCCUACCACACAAAAGGUGUUCUUCAUGAGUAUGUCUCCAACACAUCUGUGGAGUUGGGAAUGGAAGACUGGAAGUGAUGAAAACUGUUUCAAUGAAUUCUAUCCGAUCUGGGGAUCGUCGUAUUGGGGGACCGGUUCUAAUAGAGAUAUAAUGGGAAUAUUGAGAGAUGCAUUGAAAGAGCUGAAGAUUAACGUUACUCUUCUCAACAUCACUCAACUAUCCGAAUUUCGAAAGGACGCGCACACAUCAGUUUACACGGAGCGGAGAGGAAAGCUCUUGACCAAGGAACAGAAAUCUGAUCCGAAGAAUUAUGCGGAUUGCAUACAUUGGUGUUUGCCUGGAGUCCCUGAUACAUGGAAUGAGAUAUUGUAUGCAUUUUUGUUGUAUGAUUAUCCUCAAUUUAGUUGAUCAUGAGUCUUUGGAAUCUAACCAGAGGAGAGAGAUUUUCAGCGUUUUUGUUGCAAUUUGCCCACCUGCAUGCAAUUAUGCCAAUCUAGACCGUUCAAAUAGUGGAUCCCAUAAUGAA